AUGGUUAAAAGCAGGGACAGAGGUACGAGUUACCCAUCGGUGUCAUUUUCGAUUGUAGCAAUUUACAAAGACAAAAUAUAUUGUGACAUUGUUCCGAUGGACCUUGGUCACUUGAUUUUUGGAAGACCUUGGCAGUAUGAUCGUGAGACAACCCAUGACGGGAAACGUAACUGCUGUCGUUUUGUCAUUGAUAAUCGCACAAUCACACUCUUGCCGAAGGACCCCUCUCUUCCAUCACCGGCGAGUCAAGCUACUUGUCCAGCACCUACUCAGCCGGUUGAGUCUUGCUCAAAACCUGCUUUGAUCUGUUCGGUUAGUGCAUUUGAGGAAGAGCUACGACAGACUGGUUUCGCUUUUGCUUUACUGUCCGUUUCAGACAGAGCCGUAAGUUCUCAGUCACAUAACAUGGCUUUUAGUCCACUCCUUGAAGAAUAUACAGAUGUGUUUCCAGACGACUUGCAAAAGGAGCUACCGCCGUUAUGA